AUGGCACCAGAAACAGGAUUAAAGAAACCUCAGCUCGCCUGGUCACCAGAGGAAAGAGCCCGUCUCAUUCAGCUACGUGAAAAAAAUCCUGAUAUAACGUGGACUGAGUUCCACAAGCGAUACCCCUUCCCCAACCGAACCCCGACCUCAGUGUUCCAGUGUUACCGCCGAUACAACGCGCCUGAAGACGUAGGUAUCCGGCGGAAAAGGAGGAGAAGGAGGGCCAAUGGUGAUGGUAGUCGCCGUACUACUAAGCGUGGCCGGUAUGAAAACCAGGACUGGGACGACGAGAAUAUGGACGAUGAAGACGACGAGGGCGAUGAGAGUGAUGAAGAUGAGGUGGAUGAUACAAACGAGACGGAAGACCAAGAAUGGACAGACGAGGAGGCCGGGGAUAUCGACUUCAAUGGAGCAGUUAGUCCGCGCGGCUCGCCGUGCACAAGGGAUGACAUUCGACGCAUGUCCAACCCAAAAAGAACCGCCCCUAAACCCAAACUUCCGGUCCCAUACACUGCCAGAAAGCCAUCAACAGGAACCGCAAUAAACCCACGGUUCGUGGCUGCCCAAACGAUCCACUGCGUCGACCCAACCCAUGGAAUCAACCUCAUAGACCAACCUACUUCGUGCCAAGAAAACGGAAACCCAACCUCAACACCAAACGUCAGAGCCUCCCUCAGGUUCGUGCACGCGGCAUGGACCGAGGUUAUGACCCACUUAGAAGGGUCUGAGAGAUUCGGCAGUCGCUUGGAUAGUAUCGAAGCCGAUGCCGUAAAGGCCCGAGAAGAGGUCAGGCAGACUAAGGAAGACAUGAAGAAGAUGCAGGAGGAUAUAAGGAAGAUAAAGGAAGAUGCAAGUAAGGAUAACAAGACGCUCACUGGGAUGAUGUCCUUGUUGGGGAAUUUAAGGAUGGUGGAUUUAUUCAGGAUGACCGGCGGUGGUGGUGAGGAUCUCAAAAUUGAGCCUCCAAGUGAUUCGGGGGAUCCGUCUACGGCAUUGCUUACUCGCACUCCGGAGUGUGAUUCCGAGAGUGAGCAUCUACGGGCUUGGAGUGGGUAG